CCCUCAGCAGCCAUGCUGCUGUUGGUGACAUUGGCUUUUCUAGCCAGUUCCACCUGCGGAGCCCAGAACAUCCUGGGCAAUCGUGUUGGCACCUAUUUCUACGCUAUUGGUAACCAUCAUGGGGAACUCAAAGGCAUCCGGAUCUUCUUAACACCAUCAAGACACAUCAAGGCCAUCCAGCUGAAGUUUGGCAACUUCUGGAGUGAUAUCUAUGGUUCCCCGUCACUAAACUACAAAGACUUUCUUCUGGAGGAUGGGGAGCACGUGACAAAGGUGGAAGGCAGCGUAUCAACUUGCCUGAAUUCCCUGCACUUCAUUACCAACAAGAGGCGUGUGGCCUCCUUUGGUGUUAGAAGUGGCCUUCCCUUUGAGGACAGAGGAGAUUCAAACAAACAUCUAGCGACUAUCAAUGGUAUGUUCUUACCAGGCAUCUGUAUCAAAGGGAUGGGGUUCAUAUGGGAACGUGGCCCAGAGAACUUGGUCUCCCCGAAGCCUCCAAGAAGGCCAAUGGACAGCUUGGACAUUUCCAGAGAUAAGGAAGACAAAGACAAAGACAGUGAAAAAAAUAAAGACAAAAAUGAUGAUGAUGAUGAUGAUGAUGAUGAUGAUGAUGACGACGACGAUGAAGACAAUGACAAAAAAGAUAAUAAUGACAAAGAUGACAGUGAUGACGAUGAUGAUGAUGAAGAUGACAAGAAAAAAAGAUGA